UUGUGCACCAUUGAAUUUUGUGUUUUGAAAAAUGCAUUUUCAUACCAUUUCCAUUACUGUAAUAUUUUGUGCUGUUGGUUGCGUUUUGGUUACAUACUAUCACCCAAAUGUCACAAUUAAUAACUCCGAAGAUGAAGUAGAUGAAGAAGACCUUCCGAAAUUCUGUUUCGAAAUCUAUACAGCAAAACUGAAUGCUGAUAUCAAACUUUUGGCCAUGUCUACGCUUGAUGUUCACGCUUGGAAUGCAAUCAGCAUCUACGUACGAAAUUCGCAUAGACGAUUCAUCUCUUUCGGAAGAAUUCAUGAACAUUUGAAUCGCUGUGAAAGUUCAUUUGGUGGCAAGGUGAAGAUAUCUUUACAAGCAUUAAACAAAUAUCGAAAUGAUUGUUCUCGUCAACUUCCCCUAAUGCUUGGUGCAAGAAAUUUGUGCGAAGAUCUGUGUGUUGUGCAAGCGGCUCGAGGGGCUGUUUUAUCUGAUUUAUUUGAUCCAGAUAAAUAUGGACAGAUUUUCAACAUGACUUCAGUGGAAGUUUUGAAUAUUAUUGAAGAUUCAAUUCUUACGAAUAUUAUAUCUAAGAUGUGUGAAAAGAUGUUCGAUGCUCAGAUAAAGUGUUUAUUCGAACGUGAACGAAGAAUGCUUGAGCAAAAUGAAAAUGAAUUAGUAAAAUUUCUUCUACGGACUAUGGUCGAUAUCAAAGAAUAUCUAAAACAUAAAUCACACCUAGAAAGUAUAGAACUACCAUACGGCUAUAUUGAAAGACCACUCUAUACAUAUCAGUCUGGAUUUGAUGGAAUUCUUAUACCGAUUAAUAAUUGA